GCCGCAGCGCAGCGCCUCCAUCUUCACGCUGACCCCCACUCCCAUUCUCCCCCCCAACUUCCCAGCCACCUCUCCCCAAAAAUUCCACCCCAGCGCCCAACCUCUCUCGCCUCCGCCGCCACCGCCCACCUCCAUUCUUGCCGCCGCUCCGCCCUCCGCCGAGCCCCUCUUCACCUCCGCCGACGCCCCUUCUCGCCGUAGCGCCUCGUCGACCGUCGAGAUCUGCCGCGACUCUUCCUGCGUCCGCCUGCCGUACACCGUCGAGCGCCACCACGCCGUCCGCCGUCCAGCGCCGCGCUGCUCCGUCUCCUGCGCCGACCUCCUCGCCGCCUGCGUCGGGAACUUCCUCCUCGUCCUCGCCGCCGGGAACCUUAUCUGCUACCUCAACCGCCGCCAGGAGCUCCAACCUGCACGCCGCCUCCCCGCCGAACUUCACCAACCCUCUGCUUCCUCAGCCGCCAGGAGCCCGGUUCCUGAGCUCCACCGCCGUCUCCAGCAGGCAGCGAGAAGGAUAUAGAUGGACCAGGAGGUCAAGGAGUCAAAGCCCUCCGGCGAGCCAAACCUGUUCCUGCAAUGGGGCAGCCGGAAGCGGCUCCGAUGCGUCAAGUCCCGGGAAGACGGCUCGCCGUCGCCGGCCCGGUCGGAUGCGCUCAGGCGCACCAUACCCCGGGUGAAUCGCCCCCUUCUGGGAGGCGAUGUCUCGCAGUUUCGUUCACCACGCCGCCCAAGCACUCUUCACCGGAGGAAAUCCGAGGCACAGGCGAGUGAGGCCAGGCAGUCCAUAUCCCUCUCACCAGAGAAGGACCGGUACUACUCCACCAGGGGUUCCCCAUUUCCCUUUGAGGGGAAUGGGUUCGAUUUCAGCGGUGGGGUGGAAGAGAAGGGCACCGCUGCUCUGCCGAGGUUCUUCAUCUCACUGUCGAACAAGGAGAAAGAGGAGGACUUCUUGGCAAUGAAGGGCUGCAAGCUCCCUCAGAGGCCGAAGAAGAGGCCCAAGCUGAUGCAGAAGUGCUUGCUUACGGUGUGCCCAGGAGCAUGGCUGUCAGAUUUGUCGCACGAGAGGUAUGAAGUUAGAGAGAAGAAGAGCUCCAAAAAGCAGAGGGCGAGGGGACUGAAGGCGCUGUGCAUGGAGAGCGAUUCAGAGUAGAGGCAGAAGCAGGAUGGAUUCAUUUUUUGACUUGUGCUCGAGGCAGAGAAGCCGCACCUAGGUAGCAACGGCGGUUCUUCUAACUGGCAAUGCUCAGCAAGCAGCUAAUUUAGUGCCCGUUUCCCUUCUUAUUCUUCACCCCCUGUUUAAUCUCCAUGAUCCUUUCGUCUAAUUGUCUGUUCAUCAGAACUCUGAAGAGAUUGUUCGUCUGGAACCAUGAAGCAAAAUAGUGGUAGCAAUAUAUUAGAUCAUCAUCUCUAA